AUGGCUAGUUUUCUGACUGAUUUGGCGAAGUCUUAUGUGGUGCAAUUGAUAAAUGGGGUGAUCUCAGAGUCAAGUUAUAUAUGUUGCUUCCCGUGCAUUGCUAAUGAUUCUGAAGAAGAAAGAGCUAGAUUGGAAAUAGAAAGCACAACUGUUAAGCAACGUGUUGAUGGGGCAACAAGAAGAGGAGAGGAUGAGUUCAUGAAUGAGCAACAGUCACUUGAAGCAAUUGAUACUACCAUCAAAUCUUCUCAGGGAAAUAAAUUGGAGGGUUCUACAUCAGACAAAUUAGUAGGUGCAAAGAAUGAGCCACCUGUACAACAAGUUUCUCCUAAACAAAAGGGUGUUGAAAUAAGUGUUGAAGAAGGAACUACAUCAGCUAAUGCCAAUACAAAAACUUCAUCACCUCAUUCAAAAGAAGAUGGUGAUGUUACCACUCAAGAUGUUGAUGUUAAACUUUGGCAGGAAACUAGUAACACUAAUAUUAAUCAAGCUUUUCUAAAUGAUGAUGUUGCCAUGAAAGUAAGCUCAAAUAUUCAGAAUGAGUUUCCUAAGGAUGAAGAAAUAUUAGUUUCCAAAUCAAGACUCUCUUGUAUUCCAUCUCAGUCUCCUUCAAAGCCUUCUGAAGGGGACCCUUCUCAAUUAGAUGAAGAUUUAAUUUCUUCUUUGGUUGUCACAAGGGAGCUUGAAAAUCUAGUCUCCAAGAAUCAUUUGGCUAUUGAUAACAUGUCCUUGUUGACCAAUUUCCUUGUUAACCAUCCUUCAAUUCUUUUAACGGACGCUUCACUAAGUAACAGAUACAAGGGUUAUGCCUACAACUGUCUAGCUGAGCUAUUGAAAUUCCUCCAAACUCAUAUUGUGUUGGAUGUGUUAGGUUCAAGCCAAUCUGAAUUUGUUGAGUUAUUACAAGAUGUGCGAAAAUGUGGUUUUGAUAAGGAUUGGUUGGAUCGUGUUGAAAAGCGCGCUUUGUUUCCUGAUUUACAAUUCUCUCAAAAUGCAUUGCAAAAGAUAUUGGAUUCCCAGCAAAACAAAGGAAGCUGAAGAGAUGCGUUUACAGAUUAACAUUUUAAAUCAACAUGUGGAAGAUCUUAAGCAACAAUUGACAGUUUCUGAAGCUAUUUUGGAGACUAUCAUUCAACAGAAAACACAAGUUUUAGAAACUAAGGCUGCUUUAAGUGCUCCUCUUUGCUAUUAGACUAUAUUUUGUUGUUGGAGCAUUUUAUCAUUGAAUAUUAUUUAUUUCCUAGGUAGUUUAUGUAUUUCUCAUUUGAAAUGAAGUAUUGUGUUUGUGUAUUUAAUAUCCAUUGGUU